UUGGCGAUGGUCGCUUGGGCAGCUUACAUGGACUCGGUCUGGGUUGGACUCUGCGCAUUAUUUCGAUGGUGGAUUCGUUAUUUGUUACACGUCGAGAGCUUGUACAUCAUGACAUGAAUGGGACGAUCUGCGGAGAGGCAUUGUUAUUAUCUGAAGUCAGGUCACGGCGUCCAAGUUUGCUUUAUUUCCUGCUCCUUGUACUUUGACUCGCUGUGCUUUUUGACCUUACCAUAUGUCCAUUAUUCUCUGGUAGGGCAUAAUUUCAAUUCCAAUGUAACUAUAAUCCUGGUAGUCAAAAUAGAUGCCAAUUCCUUGUCGAUCUUGACGUUAGUGCACAUGGAAUUGACAUGGAUGUGCUCCUUUUCGUGUUUUGGUCUUCUCUCUUGCUGGUGAUUAGUGUAUUCACAUGUCGACCGAUGUGAGCCGAGACAGACGGUCCUCUUCUCUCCAGGUUCCUCGGCACCCAGACGCUCAUUUUCUCCCAUAU